AUGACUGACGUCGCGUCGGACCCUUCGUCUUCAGGUCCAAAGGAUGCGAAUAGCAAGUCCCUGAAGCAAGCCACCUUUGAAGAAGAAUUGGAGAACCUGGCUUGCCGCUUUAUUGUCAACCUUCCAGCCAACGAGCUGACGUCCAUUGAGCGCAUUGGUUUCCAGGUUGAACAAGCGCAUUGGUUCUACUUGGACUUCCUAUGCCCACAAAACCCGCAGCUGCCCCAGCGUAGCCUUCGGAAGUUCACCGAAGAGCUGCUCCAUGUGGCUUCCCUAGCUGUACCACUUAUUCAGUUGUACACAUCGAGUGGCCCAUCCAGCUUGAGCAAAGCAUACAGCCAGUUCAUGGAGUAUAAAACACGCGUGCCUGUAUGUGGUGCGAUUCUUCUCUCAGAGGAUUGGACCAAGUGCAUUCUUGUUAAAGGGUGGGGCAAAGGCGCUUCAUGGACCUUCCCUAAAGGCAAGAUCAAUCAGGAUGAGCCGGAACGAGACUGCGCCAUUCGAGAAGUGCGCGAAGAGACGGGCUUUGAUGCUAGCGACCUCUUGCCUGAGAACAGCAAGGACUAUUUUGAGCUGACACAGCGCGAGCAAAAGAUCCGGCUCUAUGUCAUCCCAGGUGUGCCAGAGAGUACACAGAUGGAAACACAGACGCGCCGCGAGAUUUCACGUAUUGAAUGGUUCAAGUUGGGAGAUUUGCCUACGGCCAAGAAACCCAAGUCACCCGCCGCGGACUUGGGCGGCAAGUUUUACAUGGUGAUGCCAUUUGUCAUGCGUCUCCGACGAUGGAUUCAGGCGAAUAAGCGCACGCACCCACGCCGUCCCAUCGUAUCGACACCGACACCAGCACCCAAAGAAGCAGCACCAGGUCAGGUUAGUUUGGAUGCACUCUUCGGCACAGUCGAAUCACCCAAAGCUACCCCCACCAACAAACCUGGCCUCAUUUCUCUCCCCCCGUCAGCAAUGCGUCAAAUGGCUCAAACAGCCAAGGCAGCAUCGGCGCGUCAAUUGCGUCAGCAGUCACCAUCGAUAAAUGUGGAUCGUACCCAAGACGAGGAGUCCAAAAAGAAGCUGCUACUUACGUUGCUGCAGGGGUCCCAGCCUCCGCCGCCUCCCGUGCCUCCGCAGCCAUUGCCGGCGCCUCCAUCACAUAUGCAAACGCAGCGUCAUUGCGUGCAUUGCUAG